UCCUGUAUAUGCAUUCAUUUAAAAAAGGAAAAACUCUGUUUGGUUUCUGGGAUUUGUCGACUCUCUUUCUCUCUAUCUCUCUCGCUCAUGCUUCUAACCUUAACAGAAAGCUAAUCCAUCAAAAUGGCUACUUCUUUAACUGUUCCUCGAUUACCUGGCCAAAUCACCGUUAAGAAACCACCUUCUUCUUCUUCCAUUCAAGUUCCUGUUCUAGAUGUCAAAUUGCCGCAACGACGCCGUAAACAGAUCGUACUAGCCUCACGUCACGGAGAGAACGAGACCGACGCGAAAAACAACAAGAACAUUCUUGAACUGCAGCAGCAAAGUCCUUUGCUUAAUAAUACUCCUUACGACGUCGUUUCCAAAGACGCGCUUCCUAGGCCUUUAUCGUCUUCUCAUUUCUCUAAUUCAGUUUCUGAUGGUUCUCGUCUUCGCGUUGCUUAUCAGGGAGUUCGUGGAGCGUACAGUGAAUCAGCAGCAGAAAAAGCGUACCCAAACUGUGAAGCCGUGCCAUGCGAGCAAUUCGAUACUGCUUUUGAAGCUGUUGAACGGUGGCUUGUGGAUAGAGCAGUUCUUCCGAUUGAGAAUUCUUUAGGCGGGAGCAUCCACAGAAACUAUGACCUUUUGCUCCGGCACACCUUGCAUAUAGUAGGGGAAGUGAAGUAUGUUGUUCGCCAUUGCUUACUAGCCAAUAAUAGUGUAAAAAUUGAAGACUUGAAAAGGGUCCUAAGUCAUCCACAGGCUCUCGCUCAAUGUGAGCUUACAUUAACAAGUUUGGGAUUGGUCAGAGAAGCCGUGGACGAUACUGCUGGUGCAGCUAAGCAUGUUGCACUUCACAAACUAAAAGACACAGGAGCUGUUGCUAGUUCUGCUGCUGCAAAGAUCUAUGGCUUGGACAUAUUAGCCGAAGAUAUUCAGGAUGACUCUGAUAAUGUCACUCGCUUUCUGAUGCUGGCAAGGGAACCCAUAAUUCCAGGCACGGACAGACCAUUCAAGACAAGUAUUGUUUUUUCCCUAGAGGAAGGCCCUGGAGUACUCUUCAAAGCACUUGCUGUUUUUGCUUUGCGGCAAAUAAACCUCACAAAGAUUGAGAGUCGUCCAUUGCGGAAGCAGCCACUGAGAGCAUCUGAUGAUAAUAACAAUGGGUUUCCAAAAUAUUUUGACUAUCUUUUCUAUGUGGAUUUUGAGGCAUCGAUGGCUGAACAGAGAGCACAGAAUGCCCUCAAGCACCUGAAGGAGUUUGCUACCUUUUUGCGAGUUUUAGGGAGUUAUCCGGUGGAUACUAGCAUGAUAUGAAUGACCUCAACAUGUGUUGGACAGUGUUUUCAAGACAUCUGAAUUUCUCGAAAUACUUCAAUGGCAGAUUUGUUCCUGAUGGUUUUGUUUCAAAUUCUAUGACUUCUGAUUUUGAUGGAGGGCUGGUGCAGGGUUCUGAGCAAAAACAUUACCGUCAAAUGAGUGGAAGCACCGAUCAUAUCCCAUCUUCUUGGACUUUAUUUGAAUGGAGCAGUGAGGCUUGAUCAAAUUCCCAUUUAGUUGCAAUUUUGUCACAUCUUCUCAAUAUAGCUCAUGUAAUUAUUACAAAACUCCUUAGGCUUUUUAUGAAGUUUGUUGCCCUGCAUACUCGGGCAAAAUUUUCUAUGGUUCAAUUGACCGCAAUGUUGAACAUGAUGUGCAAAAAUUGUCUUGAACUGGUUCAGAAUUCAAAUUUUGUCCCUUUCUGUUUU